ACAUCACACACCGCUUCCUGAUACCUGACGUCACACGGUCACCGCGAGGGGUUGUCCGCUGUUGUGUUUUGUACAGCAACAGUUUCCCUUUAACCCAGAGAGCGCGCGUCAAGCUGUGAAGAAGAAGUUGACACUUUUUUUCCUUUAUUUUAAAUGGAAGUUUAGGACAAGGGGAAUAUAUCAGCUCUACACCGCGACUGACAGUAGAGAAACGUUAACCCAAUCGGCAGAGGAAAAGCCAUGGCCAUUAUAACCUGCCGAGUGCAGUACUUGGAGGACUCGGACCCUUUCGUCUGCACCAACUUCCCGGAGCCACGGAGACCGCCGCCCUAUGAUCUGGACGAAAACACCGCUUUGAUUGAGCAGAUCGCCGGGGUUCACAAACUCCUGGAGGCACCGCUGAAGUUGGAGGAGUGUGCUCUGCAGAUGGCCCCCAAUGGGAACUACCUAGACCUGGACCUAUCUCUGGGGGAACAGAAAGACGAUGUGGAACAGCUCUAUGACGAUGUCGGGUAAGGACACCUCUCCUCCUCUCCCUUCCUCCUUCUGGUUUACCUCUCCUCCUCUCCCUUCCUCCUUCUGGUUUACCUCUCCU